AUGUCGAUUGACCCAAAUAACGAUCCGAAUGUCGGAUCCUCUCGAGGCGAUGCCUCGACGACAUCGAGCGAAAUUGCGAGCAGUCUUACUGGCGGAGGCGGCUCUUCAGCCUCGGCCUUGAUGAUGACCUUGCUGCCAGCUUUAAUAUAUGCAGCAUUCUGGUUCGGACUCUUUCUUAUCUUUCGCCGAACACAGCGCCGCUGGUACGCUCCCAGAUCCCACCUGCCCGACAUUCACGAACAUCAACGGAGUCCGGAAUUACCUUCGGGUUGGGUCAACUGGUUCGGCACAUUCUUGAAGAUUGAAGACAACCAUGUGAUGCAUCACUCGUCGCUCGACGGUUAUCUCUUUCUACGAUUCUUGCGCGUCUUGUGCGCGAUAUGUGCCUUUGGUUGUUUGAUAACCUGGCCGAUCCUUCUACCGAUACACGCGACGGGUGGAAAUGGGAACGAUCAGCUGGACCUCUUAAGCUUCAGCAAUGUCGCAAACCCAACCAAGUAUUACGCCAAUACCGUCGUGGCAUUAAUCUACUUCACGUUCGUGUUCUACGUUAUUACUCGUGAAAGUCUCUACUACGCAAAUCUGCGCCAGGCAUACCUCAACUCCCCCGCCUACGCUACUCGAAUCUCCUCCAGGACUGUACUGUUCAUGUCCGUACCCGACGCGUAUAAGAAUGAAACAAAAUUGCGACAGGUAUUUGGCGACACCAUUACUCGCAUCUGGAUCACAUCAGACUGCAAGAAACUCGCCAAGCUGGUCGAUGAGCGUGACAAAUUAGCCUGCAAGUUGGAAACCGCAGAGACCAAACUCAUUCGGCGAUCGAAUAAAGUCCGUCAAAAUGCUAUGAAGAACGGCGAGUUCGCUUCAGACACAUGCCUCGACUGCGAGUCGAGCAACCCAGGAUGGUCCCAUAAAGUUAAACGUCCAACGCACCGUCUGAGAUUCCUGUUCGGUCAGAAAGUCGAUUCAAUUCGGUGGUACCGCCAACAGCUUGUCAAAGUCACGAAAGAAGUCGAGGUCCUCCAGAGGACGCAUCAGGAUGGCGAUGCUAAGAAGCUCUCGGCAAUGUUUGUGGAGUUCGGUUCGCAGUCCGAUGCUCAGAUCGCUUUACAAACCCUCUCACACCACCAGCCAUUCCACAUGACCCCCCGCUUCAUCGGUGUGGCCCCAGGUGAUGUUGUCUGGUCAGCUCUGAACUUGAGCUGGUGGCAGCGUAUUGUCCGAAAGUUUGCCGUCAAAGGAGGCCUCGCAGCAAUGGUCGUCUUUUGGUCGUUCCCAGCCGCCCUUGUUGGAACCAUCUCGAACAUCACCUAUCUGUCUAAGAUUAUUCCUCCUUUGAAGUUCAUCCUUAAACUUCCUGAUUUUGUCAAGGGCGCGAUCGAGGGCCUGCUUCCAUCUGCUGCACUUGUGGCACUGAUGUCACUGGUUCCGAUUAUUUGUCGAAUCUGUGCUCGCCGUGCUGGAGUGCCAUCCUUGGCUCGAGUCGAGCUCUUCACCCAGAGCGCUCACUUCGUCUUCCAAGUCGUACAAGUCUUCUUGGUGACAACCUUGACCUCCGCUGCGUCUGCUGCUACAGCCCAGAUUAUCAAGGACCCUCUUUCUACAAAGGACCUGUUGGCUCAGAAUCUGCCCAAAGCCACCAAUUUCUACAUUUCCUACUUUUUGCUUCAGGGUCUGAGUAUGAGCUCCAUGGCUCUUGUUCAGAUUGUCAGCGCUCUAUUGUUCAAAUUUGUGACUACCUUCUUCGCCUAUUCUCCGCGUCGUCUGUUCCAACGAUGGGCGGAGCUGGGUAGUCUCAGCUGGGGCAACGUUUUCCCUGUUUUCACAAACAUGGGUGUGAUCGCCUUGACAUACUCUUGUAUCUCACCCCUGAUUCUUGGCUUUGCCUUCGUUGGCUUGUAUCUUGUAUAUCAAGCGUAUCGAUACAACUUCCUGUUUGUUUAUGACAUCAAGAUCGACACCAAGGGCCUGGUAUAUCCACGCGCACUUCAACACUUGUUGACCGGCAUCUACCUGGCUGAGAUCUGUAUGAUCGGUCUUUUCGCAAUCAAGGCCGCGAUUGGGCCCGUGAUUAUCAUGGUUCUCUAUACAAUUGCCACCAUCCUGUCACACCUAUCUCUCAACGAAGCCCUGGCCCCGCUCAACACGUUCCUCCCGCGCUCUCUAGACGCAGAAGAAGACCUCCUUCAAGAGAAAGAGGACGCCGUGGCCGAAAUCAACGAACAACGUCGCUCACGCGUCAUGGCCUUCUGGUCUUGGUUCCAUCCAAAUGUCUACAACGACUACGCCGCUCUCCGUCGGAAGGUGCGCAAGAAUGUCGCCCCUGUCGAAUACACCGAAGAAGAACUUCGCACCGCAUACUUUGAGCCGUGCGUCGCUUCUCCACCUCCAACACUCUGGAUCCCACGCGAUAAGUGGGGUUUCAGCCGACACGAAGUUUUGGAGACCGAUCCGAACAUUAAUAUCACGGAUGAGGGUGCCCACUUGAAUGAGAAGAACAAGAUUGUUUGGGACAAAUACGACCCCGGACUUCCAUUGAGAGAGUUGAAGACGUUGUAUUAA